GCUGGGCCUCGCUCCGGUGCCUACGCCAGCUCCCGCACUCGCCAUGGGCAACUCACACCACAAGAGGAAGGCCCCCAGCGGCCCCCGGACCCGCAGCUUCUGGCGCUUCGGGCGAUCGGCGAAGCGGCCGGCAGGCUCUGCCAAGGCCGAGAGUGACAAACGUCAGAGUGCAGGGCCCAGCCAGGGGCCAGGAUCUGUAGCAGAUGAACACCAGGACAAUGUCUUCUUCCCCAGUGGGAGACCCCCUCACCUGGAGGAGCUGCACACGCAGGCCCAGGAGGGGCUCCGCUCCCUGCAGCACCAAGAAAGACAGAAACUGAGCAAGGGUGGCUGGGACCAUGGAGACACCCAGAGCAUCCAGUCAUCCCGGACGGGGCCGGAGGAAGACACCAUUUCCUUCUGCAGUCAGAAGUCCUACAUGACCGAAAGCUCCACGGCAGAGGAUGCUCUCUCCGUCCGUUCAGAGAUGAUCCAGCGCAGAGGCUCCACCUUCAGACCCCAUGACUCAUUUCCCAAAUCUGGAAAGUCAGGGCGGCGACGGAGGGAGCGGAGGAGCACGGUGCUGGGGCUGCCUCAGCAUGUGCAGAAGGAACUUGGCCUGCGGAACAAUCGUGAGGCCCCAGGCACUCCACAGCCUCAUGGCCCACGGGAUGCUGUCCGCAUUCCCACAGUAGAUGGUCGUCCCCCGGGCCUGGCCUUAGGGACGGGGGUCCGGGUGUCCCUGCAGGCUCUGGAGGCAGAAACGGAGGCUGGCACUGACGCCGAGGCUAUACUACAGCGCCACAUUGACCGUGUUUACCAUGAUGACACGCUUGUUGGUCGAUCCACGGGAACCCGGCCACCACCAUUGAACCGGCCCAUGUCUCUCGCAGUGCCUGGACUGACAGGAGGGGCAGGACCUCCAGAGCCAUUGAGUCCAGCCAUGUCUAUCUCGCCCCAAGCCACCUACCUGUCCAAGCUAAUCCCACAUGCUGUGUUACCGCCCACAGUGGAUGUGGUGGCUCUGGGCCGCAGCAGCCUGCGCACUCUGAGCCGCUGCAGCCUGCUGUCUGCUAGUCCAGCUUCUGUUCGCUCGCUGGGCCGCUUCUCCUCAGCCUCAAGUCCACGGCCCCGCAGCCGCCAUGCUUCCUCGUCCAGUGACACCUGGAGUCACUCUCAGUCCUCUGAGACCAUUGUGUCUGAUGGGUCCACUCUCUCCUCUAAGGGGGGCUCUGAGGGCCAGCCAGAGGGCUCUGUAGCUAGCAAUAAUGUAGUAUCCCCUCCUCCGGGGGGUAGUGGGAGGGGAUCCCCCAGUGGGGGUAGCACUGCUGAGGUCUCAGACACAGCCAGCAUCCGCAGCAGUGGGCAGUUGUCUGGCAGGAGUGUGUCUCUGCGUAAGAUGAAACGGCCUCCCCCGCCUCCCCGCCGGACCUACUCUCUCCAUCAGCGGGGUUCCGCAGUACCCGAUGGGCCCUUAGGGCUGCCGCCCAAACCUGAGCGGAAGCUGCAACCACAGCUGCCCCGGCCACCCACCACAGGUGGGUCUUCGGGAGUGGGAGCAGCAGCUUGUCCACCCAGCUCAGCAGGCAGCUGGGGCUCUGGCUUGUCUCCAGGUGGCUCCAGGCGUCCUCCACGUUCCCCAGAACGGACACUUUCACCUUCUAGUGGAUACUCAAGCCAAAGCGGUACCCCAACUCUCCCUCACAAGGGUCUGGCAGGUGCUCCUGCUUCCCCAGGCAAGGCUCAGCCCCCUAAAGCAGAUCGAGUGACAUCCCUUCGAUCUCCUGGGGCCUCUGUGUCCUCUUCCCUCACAUCUCUGUGUUCCUCUUCCUCAGACCCUACUCCCUCUGACCGCUCUGGUCCACAGAUGUCCACCCCCUUGGGUGACAGGUUUGUCAUACCUCCUCAUCCUAAGGUGCCUGCUCCUUUCUCUCCACCACCGUCCAAGACCAAGAGCUCUAACCAAGAUGCCCCUGCUGUGGCUGCUCCUGCUGUGGCUGCUCCUGCUGUGGCUGCUCCUGGGCUAGCUUCUACCAUUGACACCAGCCCUGCAUCUCCUUCCAUGCCUCAGACAACCCUGACUCCACUCCAGGAGUCUCCCAUUGCCGCCAAAGACCAGUCACCUCCACCGUCCCCACCCCCAUCUUAUCACCCACCCCCACCUCCUAGUAAGAAGCCUGAGGUGGUUGAAGAAGUCCCCCCUGCUCCAGAGACUGCUGAGGAGUCCCUCCCAGAUUCCAGCUGGCCACCACCACCACCACCUGCCCCUGAGGAACAGGACCUGUCCAUGGCUGACUUUCCUCCACCUGAAGAGGUCUUCUUCUCUGCAGGCCUGGAGCCUGGCCCUCUGGAGCCCUGCAGCUCCCUGGCUACCACUCCUUCAGCUGCUAGCUCAUCCCAGACCUCACCCCAACAUACCCAAACCCCUCCACCAGCUCCACCUCCUCCACCUCCAGCUAGUUCUGUUUCAGAACCUCUGGCCAAGCUUCCUCAGAAGGAUUCUGUGGGCAAGAACAGUGGGGCUCCUAAGGAGGAUGCUGGCACACCUCUGGUCACACCCUCACUCCUGCAGAUGGUACGGCUUCGCUCUGUGGGUGCUUCCACAGGGGUUCCAAGUUCAUCUCCAGGGUCAUCAGCCCCCCAGAAGCCACUGCGAAGAGCCCUGUCAGGGCGGGCCAGCCCAGUGCCUGCCCCCUCCUCUGGGCUCCAUGCUGCCGUCCGACUCAAAGCCUCCAGCUUGGCUGCCACUGAGAGCCCUGGAAGUUCUCUGCCUGUUGGACCACCAGAGGCAGAGCCACGGUCUCCACAAUCUCCUGCCUCCAAGGCCAGCUUCAUCUUCUCCAAGGGCACCAAAAAACUACAGCUUGAGCGGCCUGUGUCCCCUGAGGCCCAGGCUGACCUCCAGCGCAAUCUGGUGGCUGAACUUCGGAGCAUUUCAGAGCAGCGGCCAUCCCAGACCCAGAAAAAGCCUUCCAAGGCUCCUCCACCUGUGGCCCGCAAACCCUCUGUGGGAGUCCCUCCUCCCUCCCCCAGUUUUCCUAGGGCUGAGUCUCUCACUGCUCCAUCCACCAACGGGCUCCCUCACGCUGAGGACAGGACUAAGCUGGAGCUGGCAGAGAAUGGAGGUGUGCAGCUGGCUGGUACAGAGAAGACGCCCCCUGCUGGUUCAGAUCCCUAGAAGAGACUGGUCUGGCCAUCAUCACCUGGCACUGCUGACCCAUCCCAGGAAUAAUCUCUCAGGGACCCGAGCAGCUCCAAGCAAGAGAGGACAUGGCACUUAGCCUAAGGAAGGAUGCCUGCAGCCUUAAUCUCCACAGCCUUUCAUGUUUAUGCAAGGAUGUUGCCCAUCCUCCAGGUCACCCCGCCCUCAUGCCUUUUCCUGAACGAUUCCCUUCCAGCAAUCCUUCAGCCUUGGCCUUAGCCUCAUCUUGAAGAAGGUAGCUGGUGGGAGUGGGUGGCUGUGCCCCCAGUCCUCCACCGCCCACUCCCACCACAAGGCCAGAGGUGGGAGCAGAACAUAUGUUUAAUUUGUUUCAUGUCGGGUAUCAUGUAUGUUUGUAGUCCAGAAUCAAAGCCCUUUGCAAAGUGACUGCAUGUCCAUCCUCCAGGGCUCACGAAACCACAUUCCAAGAGCCUGUUUACAUGGUGGCAGAAUCAGUCCUCGUUAGCCAGCCCUCAGCUGGGACCAGUCUGUCCAUUCUGCCAGUCUAGUCCAUGCCUUUCCUUAGUUCUUGGAGAUGGGCAAGUCAUCCUCACAGGCUUCCCAGGCUGGUGGCAGGAGCGGGGCUGUGGAAUUCCAAAGCACAAAAGGUACAGAGAGGGCUAGCCUUCCUGUGCCUCAACUUACCACCAACCACUCUCCUGCCUUCCAGUCAGGUGCUCCUCCUUAUAGGGGACUCAUGGAUGAGGGGAGGAAGAACCAGACGUCUGUGGACACUGCACUAAGAAACCAAAAACCAGACCAGAGUAGGAAGCCAUCUGGGGUCUUGGCAUGCUGGGCACCUGUCCUGUGACACUUGAUUGGGUUUGGGUGGAUGGGCACAACUUCAGAGCCAGGAGCUCAUGGGAUGUGUCUAUUUUAUCUUGGCAGGGGAUACUGCUAGGUGGGAGGAGAGCCUGGCAGGGAUUUACUUGGGCAGUGGGCCCAGACCUGGCCCUCAUUCCUUCUCUGACCUGUCUCUACUCUUUGGUGCAUGUCCUUUAUGCAGCUGCCAUUCAGCCAGGUGGAGGGAGCCGAGGCUGAGCAGCAAGGAUGGGAAGUCCAAGGGGGGUACCCAGUGAUCCUAAGUAGGCAGGCUGGUGGCUAUCCCCAGAUGGCAGCCUCUGCUACUAAUCUCUUCCUGGAAUUUAGUGACUCAUUGUCAGCCUGUGCCACCUUUAGGUAGGCUGGAGUCUUUAUCAGCUCCUAUGGCUGUACCUCCUUUAGGGCCACCUCUUGAGUCUUUUUCAAGGGGGGGCUGGAGCCUGGCAAGAGAUCUUGGCCUUUAGCUUCUCCACUACCAAGAGCGACACACUACCCCUUGCUACUGAUUUUCCUGUCAAGAAACGGGGAAAUGUGAGAGUUUAGGACCCUUAGCCUUCUUGCUAGGAUUGCUUGUUUGUCACUGUCUUUCCCUUGCCCAGUGUGUGAUGGGGGCUGCUGCUAGGCGGAUGUCACUGUCCCAUGAGGUGGGGAGGGAGGACAAUCACUCAGUAAGCACUGUUCUGCCCCAGGAAACCAGGCCCUGGUAGUAGUAAUCUGGGAGCUGCUGGGGGUGGGAAGCAGCAUCUUCCCCCUCCAGGGUUACUGGAGCUCUUGCCCUAACUUGGAUCUUCUCUGCUUGUUUCCCCACUGGGUGGGCCAGAGUACAAAGAAGAAAGGAGACUCUUAAAGAGGGGCAGUUAAUAUUUGUCCUCUGGGGUAGAUGAGCUUGACCUUGUGCAAAUGGAGAGACAAAAGCCUCUGAUUUGUAAUUUGCAUAAGAAUGUUAGAAGAGAGAAAUAUAUAUAUAUUUCCGUAAAUUUUUGAGUCUUUGAUAUGUCUAUAUAAACAGUCCUCCCCUAUUCCCUCUCAGAAGCUUGAGACACGUGACAAAGUUGUGUUUCAUUAAAAGGUAUUAAUUAAAUGAUUGAAACUUGA